AUGACAGAGGAGGAUCUUCUGUUGAAGCUUCGCACGACGAUCAAGGAACCUCAUGCAGCCAUCCAUCGUUUGAACCUCUCGCGAAUCGCCCUCUGUGUGCCUCCGCAGGUUGACAGACCUACCCUUUACGCGCUGGGUAUAUCGCGCUACGCUGAGAUCUUCUACGGAUUGGAAGAAGAGUGGGUCGCGUUUAUUGGGGACCCGUCUGAUUGGAUCGAUCAAGAUUCCGAUCAUCGUAUCCCCUCAUGUCUGCAGGACAGAACAGAGCGCGUCAGAGCUUUGCUCCGCCAACUUUACUUGCCGGAACUCCUUCGCACUAGAUCUCUCCGGGCUGAUCUAGCUUUUCUUGAGUCUAUGGAUCCCGCAAAUAUGGAAUUCCUUCACGGUCACAAUGCUGGAAUGGAUGUGAGGAAAUAUCUUCAUCAGCUUGUCGCGAAGACGCCGCACCUUCUCGUGGCAUGGAUUUGGAUCCUUUACUCUGCUAUUUUAUACGGAGGACGAGAGAUUCGCGCUCAUCUUAUCAAAGCGGGCCCACAGUUCUGGGAUCUCUCUGCAGCGGAAAUUAAAGCGAAGCGGACGCCUUGUCCGCUUUCCUUCUGGCAUAUCGAGGAUGAUACCGUCAUCAAAACAAAAUUCCGGUCGCUGAUCACACGUGUUGAUUGCUUGCUGACUCGAGAAGAACAUCAGGCGAUCCUCGAUGAGUCGCUACAGAUAUUCCAAAAGCUUGAGCAGCUAACGUUAAGUUUAGAUGAGGAGGCGGAAGGUUUCCCACGGUAA